GAAAUCCAAUAUGGCGAAGCCAGUACUAUAUACCUACUAUCGGAGUUCCUGCUCAUGGAGAGUGAGAAUUGCACUGGCCUGGAAAGGUAUCGAGUACGAGUCCAGAUUUGUAAACUUGGGGAAGGAUGGAGGACAGCAGAAUAAAGACGAGUACGCCGCCAUCAACCCGAUGAAACAAGUUCCAGCGCUAGUGAUGAACGGCAGUACGAUGACACAAUCUGUAGCGAUGCUGGAAUACUUGGAAGAGGUCCAUCCAGAAAAGCUCAUCCUACCCAAAGACCCCCUGGACAGAGUCAAAGUGCGAGAACUCGUGUCAGUCAUCAGUGGAGGGAUCCAGCCCCUGCAGAAUAGCAGUGUGCUGCAGAAAAUUGGGGACGAGGGUAAAAUGGAAUGGGGAAAGUUCUGGUUAGACAAGGGGUUCCAAGCUCUAGAACAGACUCUGAAGCGUACUGCUGGAAAGUAUUGUGUCGGAGAUACUGUGACAAUGGCUGAUGUAUGUCUGGUCCCUCAAGUCUUCAACGCAAACAGAUUCAAGGUGGAAAUGGAACAGUUCCCUGUAAUCGCUCGUCUAAAUGGUGAACUCCUCAAACUGGACGCCUUCCGAGAAUCUCAUCCGUUCAAAAUGGACGACUGCCCUGAAAAUCUUCGCAGUUGAAGAGAGUUCACCAAGACGUGAACCAAUAAGCAUUGUACGAGGAAAAAGAAUCGAACAUGUAACAAAUCCGGAUUUUUUUCAGUGAGUACGAUAGUUUGUAUUUAUUUUGCCUAUCAACGAAAUUUGCGUGUUUCUAGUUCUUUUUAUAAGGACGGAAGAGUAAGCUUUUCAUUCGACAACAGAGUGGCGUUUAAUUCAAGGCAACGUGAUAUCUCUUUUAUAUUCGCGUUUAUAAAAUGAUGAUUUCCUCUGAGAUGUACAGUAUUGUUUUAUCCUUAUUAGAUAAGCGUCCAAUCACUACAAAUAUAUCCUAUAAGCACUUUAAUGCUCUAAUAAAGAGACCUAUUCCUAAC